AUGGCUGAAAGAUGUGACAACUCUCGUUCUCUACCCAAGAAGAAGCGUGCUAGGCAUGGUUUUCGGUACCAAAUGGAGCUGAAUUUAGAUACUGAAGAUGCAAAGCAGGCUUUUGUAGCUAGGAUAGAUAGGGCAAAGCGUUCUCUUGCUGCUACAGCUAGAGGCUCAUUGCCCUUGGACAGCAGAGAGCUUAUUUCUGUUUUGUUGGACAAGUUGGAGCAGGAGCAGGAGCAGGCAGGUGCUGUUCCUGAGAGAGAAGACCUACAAUCUGAUAAAUCCAAAGUCUUCCCAAUGUUGGAGAAUUCAGGAAUAUUUACUGGCAAUACUGACGCUAGUGAUGAACAGUUGUUCGUGUGUGAACUGAAGACUUUGUUCUGUCUUUUCACUGGCCUAUCCCAAGCAUGUGACCAGUGCCAAUCUUAUUGUCGUAGGCCGACCAAUUUUCGUCAGAACGGGCAUGUUGUCCGAUUUGAAUUCAAGUGUGGAAAAUGUGGAAAGCGACAGUGGUGGGCUAGCUCGCGAACACUCGGUGGACGAUACCUUGUCAAUCAAAAGAUCGUCCAUGGUUUUACUUGUGCUGGAGUUCUCCCAAGCCAGUACCUUCACUUUAGUAGUCAUGCUGGCUUGGGAAAAGUUAGUUCAUGGUAUAUUUUGUCAAUGUACAAGAAAGGUGGAUACUUAGACGUCGUGAACGCUUGUGCCAAGGCAUCCAUGUUGAGAGCGAUUGACGAAGUGAAGGCAUUACCUGGUUACUCGCAGGACGGUGAGUGUAUGGAACUCCAUCUGGAUUCGGAAAUCGUUCACGCACCUCCUGGAAAAGGUGCAGCGCUUCCAAUCAGCCAGCUGGGUGGUCUGGCUCUGACACACGGUGACAGGUGGCAGUACGGGCAGGGACCCUCUCCGUUCAAGACCGGAGGAUCAACGUGAUCAUACCCUCCGGGACCUAAGGAAAGUACCACUCAUUUUAUUCAUAUGUACAGGUUAGUGACAUUCACCUUUCUUAGGCCUCGAAGGACCGGCUUCACCCCCAACCGUCCUUACUCGAGAAACACCUGUGCAAAAGAUAAGUGAUCGUCAUCCAUAUCACGUGAUAAUUAUUGAAAUUAAUUCCUCUAGAAUUACCUCUCUUUGGCCUCUUCGCUGGAGGGGGAGCAGCUUCACCACUGGAUGUAUUACUGCUUGACACUGAUGUGUUACCUUCGGAUGGCGCCGAAUCAAUUUCGUCAAGAGUGACGUCGGGAAACAGCGCAAGCAACUUCUGGAACUUCUCCAGAAAGUGCACUGGAGGAUGCUGGCUGUACCGUACCUGAAGCUGAAUAGAUGUACAUUUUAUCUUCUUUCUUAUUUAUGUAAUGGGCUUCUGUGGUACCUUGAGUCUUGCUUGUUCUGUAUAAGUAGCCAUUAUGUGUUUUUUGUUUG